AUGUCUUCCCCGAUAGACCCCAAAAUCCAGAGUAAUCAUCGCCAUGGCUCUUCCUCACCCGACAGCACCCGCAACAGGGAACAGGUUGGCGAUUAUUCCGCAUCGCGCUACAGCAUGUCGGCGGGAGAGUAUCUUCGCACUCGCGUCACCACCUUGCGCCCGCCCAUGCACAAGGUGUCGAAUCCUAUUCCUCUCUUGCGCAUGUUGACUGGUCGUCAAUGGGCCUUUUUCGCCGUUGCUCUCUCCGCCUGGACCUGGGAUGCCCUCGACUUCUUCACCGUCUCUCUGACCGUCACCGACCUCGCCAAGGACCUCCACCGGUCCAAGACUGACAUCACCUGGGCCAUCACUCUUGUGCUCAUGUUCCGGUCCGUCGGCGCUAUCAUUUUCGGUAUUCUCUCCGAUCGCUACGGUCGCAAGUGGCCAUUUAUCGUUAACAACUUUUUGUUUGUCGUCAUUGAGCUUGGAACUGGUUUCUGCGUCACUUUUGAGCAAUUCCUGGCAUGUCGAGCUAUUUUCGGCAUUGCCAUGGGUGGUUUGUACGGAAACGCCGCGGCCACGGCUCUUGAGGAUUGUCCCGACGAAGCUCGCGGUCUGAUAAGCGGUAUGCUUCAGCAAGGUUACGCCCUCGGCUACCUCCUCUGCGUCGUCUUCGCCCGCGCCCUCGUCAACACCACCCCCCACGGCUGGCGUCCCCUCUUCUGGUUCGCCGCCGUGCCCCCCGUCCUCAUCAUGAUAGCGCGCUACUACCUGCCCGAGAACGACGCCUACAUCAGCCAGCAGCGCCUGCGCGCCGAGGCCGAAAUCAACCAAAACGCCUCCGUCUCGCAGACCUUCAUCCGCCAGGGGAAAGUCGCCCUGCGCCGCCACUGGCUCGGGCUCAUCUACCUUGUGCUCCUCAUGGCGGGUUUCAAUUUCAUGUCGCAUGGUAGUCAGGACAUUUAUCCCGUUAUGCUGAGCAAUCAGUUUGGUUUUAAUCAUGAUAUGGUUACCGUUACGCAGGUUGUUGCGAACUUGGGUGCCAUCUGUGGCGGUACGACCGUCGGGUAUCUGAGCCAGUUCUUCGGUCGUCGACUUACUAUUAUGGUUUGCUGCGUCGUCGGCGGCGCGUUGUUAUAUCCUUAUACUUUUGUUAGUUCCUACGCCGUCAUAGCGGCUGCCUUUUUCGAGCAGUUCUGUGUCCAGGGCGCAUGGGGCGUCAUUCCCAUCCAUCUCAUGGAACUCUCCCCGGGCGCCAUCCGAACCUUCGUCGUCGGCACGUCCUACCAACUAGGUAACCUCGCCUCUUCGGCCAGCUCGACCAUCGAGGCUCGUCUAGGCGAGCGAUUCCCCCUGCCUCCUACUCCCGAGGGAGACACCCGAUACGAGUACGGAAGGGUUAUUUGUAUCUUUAUGGGCUGCGUGUACGGCUAUCUGCUCAUCCUUACGUUUUUGGGACCCGAGAAGAUGGGUAGGGCUUUCGAUGCGGGUUCGGACGAUGAGGCGAUGGAGGUGGCGGGGGUGGAUGCCAUUCAAGCUGUGAGGGGGAUGGGUGUGAAUGAGGAGAAGAAGAUUUCGGAUGAUGUUGAGAAGGGUGUUUGA